AUGGAAUUGAAGGAGGAGCUGCAUAGAAUAUUCAUCUUCUUUCAAAUUCAGAAUCAGCUAAUUAUUAAAAAAUAUUUGUCUAAACGUCCUAGUGGUGCUUCUAAAAAUUUCUAUUUAUAUAUUAAUCCACUUUGUAGAACUUUUAUUUGUCUUUUAACAAACCAUUCUGGUCAUAAAACUGUUGCUCAAAUUCUUCAGGAUGCUAAUAUUUCAGAAGAUGUUAUAAUGGGAGUAACAGGUCAUAAAAGUAUUCAAGGUGUUUGUGCAUAUAAAGAAGUGAAUAAAAAACAACAUCUUGUUGCUAUGGAUACUUUAAUUAAUGCUUAG